AUGGCGCACUAUAGUGUUGCCUCGUUAUCCGAACAGUUUAGUUUUACGGUCCUCGUUGCCGCCGCCCAGUCUUGGCAUGGGACCCUAGAGGAGGGUGACCCUGAAAGUCUUGUGCUUCCUUUGCGUCUUCUUUUAGUUAUUCCAGAGUCAGAUGACGUACUGAGAUGCUCGAUUGUCGGAUUGAUCCGAGAUGACCUCAUCUGGGAUACCCCCUUUUAG